AUGUAUUUAUUAUGUAUAUUUUUAUAUAUUUUAUCAUUUCUAUGUUUUACCAUAUGUAUAAAAAGAAAACAAAAUGUGUCGAAGAGAUGGCAAUUUUUCAUACCACAUAUAAAUAAGGAAGGAUUAUAUAACAUUAUGGAUAAGAAAAUUAUAAGGGUGAAUAAAAAUAAAAGGUUCCAUAGAAAUGUUGUGUGUAGUAAUCGUUUAUCAGAAUUUAUAGAUAGAGAUAUUAAUAUAAAUAAUAAGAUGAAGAAUAUAAAGGAAUUAAAAAAAAAACAUAUUGAUAAUAAUAUUUUGAUAAAAGCAGAUAUAUUUAGUAAUAUCAUUGAGAAAAAAAAUAAUAGCAAUUUAUUUUUUAAAAAAUUUUGUUCUUUUAUAAAUAUGGAAUAUGAUGAAACAACAAAAGAUUUGGAAGAGUUAAAAAUAAAUAAACGUUUGAAAAAUAACAAUAAUGAUAAUAAUAAUAAUAAUAAUAAUAAUAUGUAUGAUAAUAAAAGUAACAAUAUACAUAAUAAUAAUAAUAAUAAUAGUGAUAAUUUGAUUAAAUGUAUUAAAAAGAAUCAAGAUGUUUUACAACUUGUGGAAGGCUACUGGUUAUUAACAUUAAAAAAUAAAUAUAUGUUUUCUUUUUUAAAAAAAAAAAAAAAAAUAAUUUUUAGUGUAAGCUCAGGGGUAGAUUCUUUGUGUCUACUUUAUUCAUUCAUAUUUGUAAUUUAUAAAAUAUUAAUAAGUAUGAUAUAUAAAAAUAAAAGUUAUUUUGGUUUUAUGAAUAAAAUAAAUAGUGUAUAUUCAUUUACCCAUGAAGAUAUUAUAGAUAUUAUUAAAGAAUAUAGAUAUGAAAAUAAUGUUUCAUUUUUUUUAUCAAUUUUAAGUAAAAUAAUUGUUAUAUAUUGUCAUCAUAACACAAGAAAAGAAUGCACAAGCGAAAUGUAUUUUCUUAAAAAUAUUUGUAAAAAAUUUGGUAUUCAUUUUAAAUCCAAAAAAUUAACAGAAAAGAGUAUACAAAAAUUAAACGUCAUCAAUUUAAAAACAAAAAAAAAAAAUUAUGAAAGUAACGUAAACAAGAAAAUAAAUAUAAAUAUGAUGAAGAAUAAAAAAAACUUCUUAUUAUUAGCACGAACAUGGAGAAGAAAUAUUUAUGUUCAUCUAUCUAAUGAUAUAUUAAAAAGGGACAUGAAUAAUAACAUAUAUCAUAAUAAUAAAAUGAAAGAUUCCCAUAAUAAUAAUAAUAAUAAUGAUAAUAAUAAUACAAGUAUGAAGGAUCCCUUAAACAUGUUAGAUGCUUAUACAUAUGAAAAAUAUAUAUAUGAUAUAAAUAAUUAUAUUAAAAUAACAAAUAAAAAAUGUAUUACAAAUGUAUUAAUAAAGAAAGAAAGCUUUUCAAAGGAAUACUCCAAUGAUUCUAUUAUGAGAAAGAAGAAAAAGGAAGGUUUACUAUUCAACAACAUAAUGAAUUUACAAAAUAAUAAUAUUAAAAUUAUUAAUAAUACUUGUAGUAAUAAUAUAUAUAAUAUGAAAUAUACCAAUGUAUUUUUAAAUAAAUAUUGUAUUUUAAAAAAAAAAAUAAAAUCGAUUGUAUUUCUAGGACACCAUCAAAAUGAUAAUAAUGAAACUGUUUUACUACAAUUUUUUAGAGGUGUUUUUCUUAAAAAUUUAAGAGGAAUAAAAUUUCUAACAUAUUAUAAAAAUUGUUUAUUAUAUAGACCUUUUAUUAAAUUAAAUAAACUUCAUUUGUAUAGAUACAUGCAACUAAUAAAUAAAACCUGGAACUUUGAUUCUUCUAAUAAUAAUAUGUCUAUAUCUAGAAAUUUUAUUAGAAACGUUGUUAUACCCAAUAUCACACACAUGCUAAAAGAUAAAAGUUAUAAAAAUAGGGAGAAUCACAACAUAGAUAAAGAAAUAAACGAAAAGAAUGAUAAGCAUAUGUUAGAUGAUAAUGUUUGUGUUGAUUACCAUGAUGAAACCCCCCUUCAUAACAAGAAAGAAAUGAACAAAUAUGAUCAUGUAGAAAUAUCUAAAAAUAAUAUUGUAAAUAAAAAUAACGAAUUAAAAAAUCAACAUGUGUAUGUAAACACAUCUUUAGAUAGAAGAUUAAAAAAUGUAUUAAGGCAAACAACUAAUUUAGAAAAUUACUUAAACUAUUAUGACAAUAUGUUCUUUACAUAUUUAAAAAAGAAAUAUUACAAAAGAUGUAUGAGCACAACGAAAAAGAUAACACAUGAAGAAGAGACAUACACGAAUGUACAUGAUACACAUAAUGGAAAUAUUAAAAAUAAAAGGAAUAUUACAAAAAUACAUAAAUCUUAUAAUACAUAUAAAAAUUCAGAUAUCAAUUUAAUUAAUAGGAAUGUUCAUUUGAAAAAAAAUAUUAAAUGUUACAAUUAUCAAGAUGCUCAUAAUAUUUUUAUGAAUGAAUAUUUUAAAAUGCAAAAUAAUUUAUAUAAUAUUUUUUUCCCUAGAUAUAAUAUGGAAACCUUAAUAAAAAUAAAUAAAAAAUUAUAUGAGAAAAAUAUUUAUUUAAAAAUUUUUAAUUUUUUUGAACUUUUAUUAUUACCCUCUAAACUAAUUAGACUAGAAAUAUUAUAUAAUAUUAUAAGAAAAUAUGUAAAGGUGAAUAUUAAAUAUGCAAAGAUCGAAAGGAUAUAUGAACAGAUGAUAGCAUAUAUAAAUGAAUAUAUAAAAAGGGAUAAAACGAAAUAUGGUACAACUCAGUCUUUUCAUCAGUCACAUAUCUUUAAUGAUGAUGAUACUAUGUUCGAUAAUAAAAUGAGGGUUCAAAAUAAAAGUAAAAAGGAAAAUAAAAUAUUAAAUGUAAAAAUAAAGGAUUUGUUUGGGGAUACAAAAAUAGAGGAAGUUAAUUUUGUUGUUAUUAACAUAACGAAAAGUAAGAGCAUUCUUCUUCAGAAUAAUUUAUUUAGAAUAAUAGAAAGGGAUAUGAUUGAAGAUAUAACAAAAGGGAGAAAAAGACUUCACAUGGACGAUAAUAAAAGGGACGAUAAUAAAAGGGACGAUAAUAAAAGGGACGAUAAUAAAAGGGACGAUAAUAAAAGGGACGAUAAUAAAAGGGACGAUAAUAAAAGGGACGAUAAUAAAAGGGACGAUAAUAAAAGGGACGAUAAUAAAAGGGACGAUAAUAAAAGGGACGAUAAUAAAAGGGACGAUAAUAAAAGGGAUGAUAAAAAAGAUACACAUAUACAACAUGAUAAGGAUAUAACCUCGCAGACAUUUUUUCCACAUAAUAAAAUUACAAUUGCAAAUGAGAAAUGUAUAAAAAAUGAUGAAUAUAUAGACAAUUCAUUAGUGUGCUUUAAAGAAAAAAGUGCUAACAUUUUUGUACAUAAUAACAUUUCAACAGAAGUAUCUAGAUUAAAAAAAUAUGAUAUUACAAAAAAGAAUGAUAAAAAGAAUAUUUUUCUUCUCAUAAAAAAGAGGAAAAAAAAAAAAAAAGAAAAAUUUCAUAUACACAUUCGUUAUAUAAAAAAAAAUGAUUAUGUUUAUUUAGAAAAAAAAAAAAUUAGUGUUAACAAAUUUUUAACACUUCAUAAGAUACCAUAUAUAUAUCAAACAGCUUUACCAGUUAUUGAAAUAAUUAAUUUUAACAACAAUCAUAUUUUAUUUUUUUAUCUUUUUCCUGAAGUAAAAAGUCCUUAUUUCACCUUACGAGAAAAAACAUUUCCACAAAAAUAUAUGAACACGCAUUUUGUUUAUAGCAUUAAAUUUAAGGGAAUAAGAGACUAA